CCACUCACAGCAAUCACACUUAAAAAUCUCUCGCAGUUUAUCUGUUCGAUAAAUUGCUCCAAUGGCAAACCGCGCUGCAAUUCUUGCUAUUUUCUUCGCAUUUGCGACGGUGGGCCUCGCGAAUUCCUCGAAAUUCGAGCAACUCUUCCAGCCUAGCUGGGCGUUCGAUCAUUUCACCAAUGAAGGAGAAGUUGUUCACAUGAAGCUCGACAAUCACUCCGGAGCUGGAUUCUCUUCGAAGAGCAAGUACUUGUUUGGGAAAGUCACUGUUCAGAUCAAGCUCGUUGCUGGUGAUUCCGCUGGAACCGUCACUGCUUUCUAUAUGUCAUCUGAAGGGCCUUACCACAAUGAGUUUGAUUUUGAGUUCUUGGGGAAUAAAACAGGGGAGCCUUACCUUGUCCAAACUAAUGUUUAUGUCAAUGGAGUUGGCAACAGAGAGCAAAGAUUGAACCUUUGGUUCGACCCCACCACAGAUUUCCACUCUUACUCCAUUUUCUGGAACCAACGCCAAGUUGUAUUCUUGGUGGAUGAGACCCCUGUGCGUGUGCACUCAAAUUUAGAGCACAAAGGCAUCCCCUUUCCCAAGGACCAAGCAAUGGGAGUCUACAGCUCAAUUUGGAAUGCUGAUGAUUGGGCCACGCAAGGUGGGCUUGUGAAGACGGACUGGUCCCACGCCCCCUUCGUCGCAUCCUACAAGGGCUUCGAGAUCGACGCGUGCGCGGUCCCCGAGGUGGCCGCUGCCGACAUCCAGAAGCAGUGCAGCAGCAGCGCCGAGAAGCGGUACUGGUGGGAUGCGCCGACCGUGUCGGAGCUCAACCUCCACCAGAGCCACCAGCUUGUGUGGGUGAGGGCGAAUCACAUGGUGUAUGAUUACUGCUCCGACACGGCUAGGUUUCCCGCCACCCCGGUCGAGUGCCAGCACCACCGCCACUAGUGUGUGUUUGGGAAUGUUUCUCUAGUCAUUUGACAUGGGCUCCAUGUUUUAUGCUUAGCUUUUGUUCUAUGUUCCAUUUCAUUAGUUUUACAAUAAAAUCUUUGUUCAUGGCAA